CGUAUUAGUAUCAUUACUUUUUAUGACAAUUUUCGUUCGAACUUUGGACGGACAAACAUGUGAUUGCAGAUUUUGUUUGGUUAAUGUCACGAUAAAUGCAAAUAGUGAGCGUUCAUUUUCCCUUACUGAUCCAUGUCGAGCAGGGACAGCAGCAGCUGUAUCCUCCCUCAAUGUACAAUCAAAAGAUGGAUCAGGAUUUCAAAUUUAUACAAAGGAUAAUCCAUCAGACUUAUCAUACUAUACUGCUGGAUCAAUCAACUCCACCGUUUCGUGUUUUAAUAAGGGCAGUGGUUUCAAUGUUGGAGGUGUAAAAUCACAAAUUUAUGUUGUUAUAAGAUGCAAAGAAUUGUUUCGCUCAUGUUCAUUACACUAUUCUAUAAGUUUAAUCUGCAUACCCAUCACAGCAACUUCAACUUCUAGAUCUACGCCCUCGUCUACUGUUACAGUCACAGCGAGUGUCAAGCCAGUAACGUCGCUAUCACCAGUGGCAACACCCAACUGGGUCGGUACAUUCAAUAUGGUACACAGAUGUGAUACAAAAACAUGCUGCUGCCCUUCUGGACAAGCAAGUCUAUCACGCGAGAACAAUAAUUAUCUUCGAGUACAAUGCCAAUUCGUCGGCCAAUGUCCUUCAACAGCUUAUCUUAAUAUUUUAAUUCCGAUGCCUAAUAGUUUUCAAACUCAAAUAGCGUUUUUGGGCGAUCCGAUUCAGAUCACGCUCAGCCAGGAUAGUAGUACCAUCGAACUUCGCAAUCUACGUGCCCCUGAAUGUAGUGAAAGUGCCAGAAGAAAUGAUGCUAUGUCUACAGCCAUCAUUAAUUCUAUGCUCAUCGCUCUGCUAAGUGGCUUGGUUAGUCUUAAACAAUUUGUCAUGUGA